CGCCCCGGGGCGGCCUGCAGCGCUGCGGGGGAGGAGCUGCGGCGAGUGCCCGGCUAAUGUCCCUGCCGGGCCCGCCCCGCAGGAACCGGCUCCAGCCUGCCGGGGCGCGGCGUGCGGAGCCCGAGCCCGGAAUGGAGGAAGAGGAGGAGGAGGAAGAGGGGCUGAACCGCGGAGCGCAGACCCAGCUUCAAGGCAAGGUCCUAUUUCUUACAAUAUGUGCUGCUGGGAUUGGAGGGACUUUCCAGUAUGGCUACAACAUCUCCAUCAUCAAUGCUCCAACUACAUACAUUCAAACAUUUAUAAAUGAAACAUGGCUAGAACGCACAGGUGCAUCUCUGGAGAGCGGUGUGAUAUUGCUGGUGUGGUCUUUCGUUGUUUCUGUCUAUUCUCUGGGGGGACUCACUGGAGCGCUCAUUGCAGGACCCAUGGCAAUCAAGCUGGGAAGGAAAACAUCCUUGCUGCUGAAUAACGCAUUUGUGAUCAUAGCUGCAGUCUUGUCAGGAUUCAGCCGGAUGGCCAAAUCCUUCGAAAUGAUCAUGCUCGGCAGAUUUUUCACUGGAAUCAAUGCUGGUGUGAGCAUGAACAUUCAGCCCAUGUACCUGGGGGAAAGUGCUCCCAAGAAGGUCAGAGGAGCAGUGGCCUUGACUUCUGCAUCAUUUACUGCCCUGGGGUUGGUGCUGGGACAAGUUGUUGGAAUUAGAGAACUAUUAGGGGGAGAGGAGAGCUGGCCUCUUCUUUUAGCUAGCAAUGUGGUGCCUGGUCUGAUUCAGCUGAUUACUCUGCCUUGGUUACCAGAAAGCCCUAGGUACCUCUUGAUUGACCGAGGUGACAAGGAAUCCUGCAUCUGUGCAUUGCAGAAGCUGAGAGGUAAUGGUGACCUGAGCAGUGAGCUGGAGGAAAUACUAGCAGAACAGGCUGCCAUGAAAGGUCAGAGGGCAAAGAGUCCGUGGGAGCUGUUCCAGAAUCCAGCUGUAAGAUGGCAGCUAAUAAGUAUCAUUGUGCUGAGCAGUGCCAUGCAGCUCUGUGGAAAUGACUCGAUGUAUUUUUAUGCUUCCUAUGUGUUCCAAGAGGCUGGAAUUCCAUAUGAUAAAAUCCAAUAUGUCAUUAUCGGCACUGGGUGCUGCGAACUGAUCACAGCCGUUACUUGUAAUGCAAUAAUAGAGCGUGCCGGGCGGCGGUUGCUGAUUCUGGGGGGAUACAGCCUCAUGGCAGUAUGGGCCAUCGUCUUCAUGGUUGCUUUAUCCCAGCAGAGUCGGAUUAGCUGGAUGCCUUACCUCAGCAUGGCGUGUAUUUUCGCCUAUAUCCUGAGCUUUGGAAUUGGACCAGCUGGUGUGACAGGAGUUUUGCCGACAGAGAUUUUUGAUCAAAUGUCUCGUCCAGCUGCUUACAUGAUCUGUGGCUCUCUGAUCUGGUCCAAUCUAUUUGCAGUUGGAAUGGCCUUUCCAUUCAUUGUGGAAGGUCUUGGUCACUUCUGCUACCUUCCGUUCUUCACGGUUUGUGUCUGCACCGCUCUAUAUGUCGGGUUUUUUCUCCCCGAGACAAAGGGGAAGACCUUCCUGGAAAUCUCCAAUGAGUUCAACAAGCGCAACUUCAAAGCUCAGACAUGUGAGAAGUUUUGGAAAGGCCCUGAGGAAAUCAAAUCCACUAUGUUAUAGUCUGGGAAUAAGUAAAGGUGGCUGGUGGUUGGAAAAUAUCCUGAGAUGUUUCUCUUUUCUUGUUAGGGUAGAGACAGAAGAGGGAGAAGAUGCUAGUCUUGGUUGUGUAGUGGAAAGUUUUCAUACUAAAGCAGGAAGUUCAGCUGAUGUUUGUUAAAAACUUCAUUUGUUAAAAACAGUUUGCACUGCAUUUCUGCUUAGAACUGUAGCAUUUAUUUAUUCCACAGUGCCCUUUGCCAUCUCUUGGGAGCAUCCACAGUGAGAUGCUACUUUGACAAACCAUUUUGAAAGCUUCUUUUAAAAAGAAUGGAUCACAUUGGAUAUUAUGAUUCCAUUUAUUAAUGGUUUAUAAAGGGUUAAUAAAAUAUUAAUAGAUGUUAUACGUGUUACAGACAUGAGUACUAUGCGUUAUAGAUUGUUGUAAGCAGAAGGUGUUAUAGAUGGUUAUAACUAGGGCCCUCAUUAAAUCACAAUUUCAUGGAUACCACAGAAAUCGUAAAAAUGCCCCAGGACCCCAAACCAUGAAUGGUUGUCAAUUACAGGGACAGAAUUAAUUUUACAACUAAACUGAGUCAAUUUCAGGAUGGAAUACAUUUUACACAUAGUAGUCAAUUUAAAGGGCAGGAUGAAUUUUACAAGUAACGUUAAUCAAUUUCAAGGAUGGAAUCAGUUCCCAACCUUGAAAUUGACUCAAUUUAGUUGUAAACUUCAUUCCAUCUUUGAAAUUCACUAACAUUAACUGUAAAAUUCAUUCCACUCAAACUCCAUGAAAUUCAGUACUCUGCCAUUUAAACUGUUGUGGAUUUAAAAAAAAAAAAAAAAAAGGCAGGGACUCUAAUCAAAAGCCACCUAUUGACCUUCUGGCCUCUGUAAUAAUCUAUAACGUUUGAUUAACCUCAUAUUAAAAAUCUGUCAAUCAUUCAUUAAGCCAACAAUUCAUUAAUCUUUUACAAGCCCUUUAUUCAUGGAACAGAAAAUUAAAAUAUGAGCAAAUAAUGUGUGCAUUUCCCCCCGACCCUUCUGCUUCCCUUUCUCCAUCAAAGUCAUCACUUUUGAUUUAUUUUUAAUUUUAGACAAAUACUAAAGAAAUCUUUAGAGGACUUUUAUUUGGGGGAAAUAUACACCUAGCUCUUAGUGACUUCUCACUCUUUUGUCCUGCACAAUCAGCUUGUGUUUUCCUCUCAUUUAGCUACCCCACUAGUUGUGGUUCAAAUAACCUCAUGCAUUCAGAUAAGGGGCACUAAUGCUGCCUGUGUCAGUGAUGAGAUUCAGUUAUUGUUUUUUGUAAUCCCAUCCACUCAAGUGCAGCACAGGGACGUUCAUCUUUCUGAAGGAGAGUUGAUUUUUAACUGCAGUAUGUUUUCCAGACACAUAAUAUGGGAACAUACCUGCUGCUUGAGAUCAUGAGUUUAAUGAGUUGAAGCCUAAAACACCAUGAUAUGUUAUUAAUUUUGAUCAUGCCACUUAUUCAGGUGCCCUAAUAUGGAUUUAGGUGCCUGAGUUUAGACACCCAAAUCUGAAAACUUGGGCCAGAAUGUUUAGUACUUAAAAAGGGCCUUUAUUUAAAGAUCAUCCAUAUCGGUCUAGCAAAUGGGCUUUCCCCAGAAUUAGCCAUUGACUAUUUGAUAAAUGCAAUGACCCAUCACACUGUGCAUGUUUGACAGUCAAAAUAUACGGACACAUUAGGUGUGCAGAAGUCCUCUGUCGUGCCUUGUGCCUCAGCUGCCCCAGGUGUGUAUAUACUGACUGUUGUGUCAUCGUUCACAUGAGACAAAUGACUGAUACGUCUCAGUGAAAGUUUAACGAUCAGUUGGUAUUUUUCAAGGCUAAAUGGCAUGUAGUUGGGAACCCUCAUUUAAAGUGUUACGAACUGGUUGUAUAUUCUGUUUCUCUCUGAGCAGUACUAGACCCCAGUUUAAUAUUUAACUAUAUUUCUUCAUUAGCCCUUCUUCACCCAAACAAUGUCUACCUCGCUAUAAUCCUCUUAACUCUUUGCCUCUAACCUGACUCUGAAAUAAUUCAUCAUAUUAAGGCCAAUCUUAAAUAUUGUUUUCAGAAGCCAGAUGACAUUUUAUUUCCUCAUCUCAGUGCUCAUGUUUUUGAUGGUAUAACGUGAUCUCAGAUAGACGCCAACCUGUUGAGUAAUACUGGGCUGUUAAUCAUUUAACAGGUUGGGAAGGAAAGUGCCUCCUCCUACUUAAUCAGUGACUUCUUGUACACUUGACUUUUGGGCAGUGCUUUUGGAAUUAUUUAUUCUGAACUGGUUCUCUUCAUGGCUUGCUCAUAGUGGUUUAUGUACAUUUUAAAAUGUAUACAGCUACUUCUCUUGCACUGUUUGUAUGAGAGGCACAUGGGCUCCCAGGGGUGCUCUUGAUACUUCUCAUAGGGCUUGGUUCUUCAUGUAAGCUCUGCCAAGCUCAGAGUAGAGAGCCAGUCACGGCGUCCUGGUCCUGUUAUGUGCAUCCGGCUCAAGCUCAAGCUGUAGCAGGCAGAUGUAACUUAUACCACCACUGGAGAAUCAGAUGUAGCAAAAGCCUUGUUCCACCCAUUCCAUUCCCCUGUGCCCACUGCCUUUCCUCCUCACCAUACAGGGAGGGGAGGUUCUGGUAAAACCAGGUAAUGAAGCCAGCAACAGCAAAGCAGCCUCUUCCAGCUUUACGCCCACAGAUUCCCCCUAUGUGUGGGUAGUUUUCCAGUGGCAAUCUCUGGCUGCUUUUGGAUAAGCCUUGAAGAGUGAAUCUGGCAGUCCAGAAAAUCUGGCUCAUAGACAGGAGCCCUUGCCAUGGUACUGAGGUUUGCUAGCACUGAAAUGUUGGCCUGCUAUAAUAGCUGGCAUGCUGUAUAUUAUCCCCUGCCUUAAUGGGCCAAAAGGCAUACCUCGUGUAAAUCCAUUAAAGCUUCAUAGAAUCCAUUUGACUUCAGUCCAGUCCACUCCAGAGAUAUUUGACCCAAAGCACAGAAGUGCCGCUGGUGUCUCUCACUGUUUUUGAAAGGCUUGACGAGGUUAAAUGGUUGCUUUGGAGGUUAUUGUUACCUACCUUUGCUUGAGAGGCUACAGUGAAACUGCCUUUUCUUCUUCUCUGGGACAUUUUGGCAGUGUGUGUCUGCCUGGCUCCUGUAACCUGACCAGUCCCUCAAAAGCCAAAAAUGAAAUGCUCACAAUACGUCAGGGACGUGCUCAGCAUCUGCCAGCCAAGUGACAGAGGUGUGCCAUACUUCAGACAGCUUUGGUGCCAUGCUCCUGGCUGCCCUCCAGACCUUGUGCUGUGGCAGUUAACCACUCACACGGUAAAAGUGUGGUGAGCUUGCUGCUUGGGUUAACAGGAGCCCAGAGGAACAGUCCCAGGGAAGUAGGCGCUCGUAGGGACAGCAAACUCCGCUUCCAAGCUCUGAUUCAAUUUUCUUUGAGCAUUGCAUAGAUUUCAAUAUGACUAAACAUUAUGCAUCUUGUCCAGCAGUUAUUCCAGCAGUGGAAUCCUAUGUUUCACCUUUGAAUCUCUUACUUCUUAGGGACAGAUUUUUACAGGUAUUUAGGCGCCUAGUGAGAGAUUCAAAAGCAUAUCCAAGGGCCUAGCACUAAUUGAAAUCAAUGAGUUUUAAACACCGAGGUGAUUUUGAAAAAUCCCCCUAGAUGUUUAAUUAUCUUUAAAAAUCUGGCCCUUAGUGACCAGGUAUUAAAUGCAUCAGUGCUUAUUAGUCAUAGGGCUUGAGACUAACAUUUGCUCUCUCAGUCACAUCUUUAAUUGUGCAAUAAGACACUUGACUUUGGGCUGAAGCAUUUCCUGUAGAUUUAUCUACCAUAUGUGUUUUAAGGUCGCUAGCAUUGUGGUACUUGUGCACCGAAUUGUAGCUGUCGGGGUCAGGGAUCUUCCCAAACAACCCCACUUUCUCUUACAGUGCAUGAAAUGAAAAAGCACAGUUAAAUUUCCUGGAAAGCAGGUAUCACUGGCCAGAUACCAGAACAAUGUAUCUUUUUAUGGCAGAUGUAGCAGCUUGUUUGUGUUAGGUGCAUUGUGUUCCAACAGUAAGCAGGAUGUUCCCAACAGUGAAAGACUCCAGGAUAGCUCCAUCAUCUGUACAAUCAGAAGUCCCAUAUACUAUACUAACCAUUUCAGCAGCUGAGUGCAGAACAUAGCCAGGGCUUCUCAUUUAGUACAUACCUAUUACUGUAGCUGUUGGGCACGUCUGUGAGCUCCACCUGUGUUCUCCUCCAGCUUUUAUUUAUAGCCUGCAAGCCAUAAUCCAUCCAGCUCUUCUCUUCUGCUUUUGCUUAUGUAAAAGCUACAGUACUGCUGCUGGCUAGUCACAAAGGAGCAUAUGCAAUAGAGAGAGAAAUUUGUUGCCAAACAGCUUCAUUUGUACAAUUAUUUUAAAACUGUAGAGUUUAAAAAAAAACAGUAUUCUUGAAUGCAAUGAAUUUAAAUGUAAAAUCCUGAAUGUCUGUAAAUAUCAUGCUGGACAUGAAUGGAAAGGAAGAUUUGUUUUGUAGAAAAGGAAGCUGCAUGAAAAUUAUUUGAUAUUUUAGUGUCUAAAGUAUGUAAUAUAUGAAAAGAUAAAUCUGAAAAUUGUUCGGUAUUAUUGUUAUUGUUGAAUUGUCUUUACACACAAACACACACACACACUAUUGUUUGCGAAAUCUUUGCUAGUAGACAGUGUAAGCGACAUUUACAUGUAUACAAUAGUACACAGACA